GCAUUAAUACUUCGCAAUUUGUUAUUAUAACAUCGUUUAUUGUAGAUUCAGUGUGUUGUUUGAUAAACAAAGCAAUAAGAUCAACAUCAUCAAAAUGGCUAUUACUACGAUAUUUGUAGUAUUCCUCUCUACAUUAAGUAUAAUCGUUUAUGCGGCUGACAAUAAUCGUCCAUUAGAUUGUGGUGACAUUGAUAUCAAACGUGGAAGUGGUGUGUACAAGAUAUACCCUGAAGGAUCAGGACAGACUGGUUUUAAUGUUUACUGUGAUAUGGAUUCGGAAAAUGUAGACGGCGGUUGGACAGUGUUCCAACGAAGACUAAAUGGUGAGGAAUACUUUUUCAGAGGCUGGCGAGAUUAUAAAGAGGGAUUCGGGACUCUUCAGGGUGAACAUUGGCUUGGUAAUGCCAAACUCAAUAUCUUAACAUCCCAAGCAAACUAUGAACUCUUAAUUAGAAUGAAAACUUUUGAAAAUGAAAAUGGAUAUGCUAGAUACAGCGACUUUAAAGUGGACGAUGAAGCUUCUAAAUUCAAGAUGACUUUGUCUAAAUCUUCAUUUGCUGGAAAUGUCGGAGACUCCUUUGGCGCUCACAGUGGUUAUAAGUUUAGUACGAAAGAUCAGGAUAAUGACGUUUAUACGCCAGGAAGUUGUGCUGUAAAUCAUAAAGCCGGAUGGUGGUACGGAGGCUGUCAUGCAUGUAACUUGAAUGGAAUGUACCAUGCUGGGAAUCAUACAUCAUAUGCUGACGGGGUGAAUUGGAAAUCAUGGAAAGGCUACCACUACUCAUUGAAGGAGACGACAAUGAUGAUACGAACAUUGCAAUAAAUUUUUGUUUUAGAAAUAAAAUGAUAGAAAACUAAAAUUCAUUCACUUAGUAUAUAUAAGCACAUUAUUCAACAAAAGAACAGGAUCUUCCAUAACUGUAUUGGAUACCUAAAUUACAUUAGCGCCCUUACAAACAACGGUAUAUUGUUUGAUCUUCCAAGUGCUCCACGAAACUUAUUUCUAAAUUAUUAACAUCUAUUUUAUCAGCAAUCAAAGACGGGCUUCAAAGUUAUUGUGAAACUGCAUAUUGUAGAAGUGGCGUGAAUCAGAUGUGGAUACUUAAAAAUUCCAAAGAUCUUCUAGAGUACAUACAAUCUAACUCUCUUUUAUCUUGCAAUAGUAUUAAAAAAUUUGACUUUUCUACACUUUACACGAACAUUCGACAUUAAAAGACAAAUUGAAAGAG